CGCAUAGCGCAAUGUUCAGCGAGACUUCCGGUUCUUUUCUGUUGCUGCUCUGGAAUCUGUUACCCUAUAGUUAAGCACAUUUCUGCGAUUACAAAUGGACGUGACAGUCGUGGGAAGCUGCAUGACUGAUUUAGUCAGCUAUGCCCCAAGACAACCCAAACCAGGGGAGACUAUCCAUGGCACCAACUUUCAAAUUGGCUUUGGUGGCAAGGGGGCAAACCAGUGUGUGAUGGCUGCCAAACUGGGAGCCAAGACAGCCAUGGUUACAAAGGUUGGAGAUGAUAGCUUUGGAAAAAAUUAUAUUCAGAAUUUUAAAGACCACAACAUUAAUAUUGAUCAUGUUGGGGUGACAGCAGACGCGUCAACAGGAGUUGCACCUAUCACAGUCAGUGAUGAUGGUCAAAACUCCAUAGUGAUAGUUGCUGGUGCAAACAUGUUGUUGAGUGAACAAGACGUGGCUGCUGCCGAGCAUCUGAUCAUGACAAGCAAGGUGAUUCUGUGUCAGCUGGAGAUCCCGGUCCAGUCAACACUCACUGCUCUGAACAUCGCCAAGAAACGUGGAGUUAAAAGCAUCUUCAAUCCUGCUCCUGCUCAGGAGGGCCUUCCAUCAGAGCUGUAUUCAGACUGUGACAUAUUCUGUGCCAAUGAAUCAGAAGCAGAGAUUCUUACUGGUGAGAAGGUGUCCAGUAUAGAGGAUGCCAAGGCAGCAGCGCUUACACUGCUAAACAAGGGAUGUAACUCUGUUGUCCUUACGCUGGGGGAGCUGGGGUCAGUGUAUGUAUCACAGACAGAGCAAGAACCACAAGUUGUGCCCUGCCCUAAAGUGAUACCAGUUGACACAACAGGAGCUGGAGAUGCCUUCCUCGGAGCAUUGGCCUAUUACCUGGCCUUGUACCCCAAGAUGACUGUGCUGGAGGCGCUGACUCGCUCCAGUCGUCUGGCCUCCAUCAGUGUCCAAGCCAAGGGCACACAGACCAGCUUCCCCAGCCGGAAGCAGCUGCCGUCAGACCUGUUCCAGUGAUUUACAAUUCAUACAAAUUACACUGGAUGCCCUCGACCAAUGAUGCUAUGGCGUUAUUUUCAGUAGAUUGUUUGAGAAGGUCAUGAACAAAAGCAUGUGCAAGAAGUUAAGACAGUUGAAUGGCUAAGAUCUAUUUGUGGAACUGCAAGUUGUACAUGUACAAGCUGUAGGAUGGUGUCAGACAGACGUGUCAUCCAGAUAUGCUGUGUGUGUUGUUACAUCUACAGUGAUAUUACCCAGGACAAUGAUGUUAUCUCAGGUGAAGUAAUCAAUAUAACAUUGCUAGAUAAUCUAAUGCCGUUAUUGUCAUAUCUGUCAUGUUUCUAAUUCAUGAAAACAAUGCAGAUGAAAACUUAUGUACCUCCACUAUGGUGCCAGCACUGGUGAUUCAAAGACCAAACUCAGUUUUGCACACUUUACUCUCUUGUGAUUGUACAUACACAUGCCUUUAUCAAAAGUGUUGAAACAUAGGGGCAUUCACUUACUUUGUACAUAAAUGUUAUAGGGGAGUCAUUCACAUUGUACAUGUUUCUCCAUAAAAAUCAUCAUCACCCCUGAA